GGGCGCGGGCGCCAGGGUAGCCAGGGCAGCAACAGCGGCGGCCACCGAGGCAGCGGCAGCGGCGCAGCUUCCCGGAGGGGCCAGAGCUCCCGGAGCCUGCGGGCGGACCUUGCUGCUACUGCCCCGGCAGCCCCCGUAACCACUGGCCCGGCGGCAGCCGCUACCACUGCCCCAGCAGCCCCCGCAGCUACGGCCCUGGGCGCUUCGGGGAGCGGGGAGAGCGCGCAGGAGCGCGGGAGACCCUAACCCGCCCGGGGUCGGGCAGAGUCGGGGGGCGGCCGGAGUGCGGCGUCCGCACCUUGGAACCGCUCUCUUCUCCUCACACUGAACACCCAGUGCCUGCCUGAGGAAGUCCGCCCGGCGGAGGCCCGGCUGGAGAGCAAGGAUGCGGAGGGCUCCGAGUUCUUGCUGUCACCACUAUCUGGCUGUGCUGCUCAUCCUCCCCUCCCUGAGCCUCGCUCAGUACGAGAACUGGCCCUACUACCAAGAGUACUUCCAACAGCCCCAACCGGAAUACCGCCAGCCCGAGCGGCCGGCGGGCGUCCCCAAGAUCCAGCUGCGGCUGGCCGGGCAGAAGCGGAAGCACAACGAGGGCCGCGUGGAGCUGUACUACGACGGGGUCUGGGGCACCGUGUGUGACGAUGACUUCUCCAUCCACGCUGCCCACGUGGUCUGCCGGGAGCUGGGCUAUGUGGAAGCCGUCUCCUGGACGCCCAGCUCCUCCUACGGCAAAGGAGAAGGUCCCAUCUGGAUGGACAAUGUUCAUUGCACUGGUAGAGAGGCGACCCUCGCUGCCUGCUCCUCCAAUGGAUGGGGCGUCACUGACUGCAAACACACAGAAGACGUGGGAGUAGUGUGCAGCGAUAAAAGGAUUCCUGGCUUCAAGUUUGACAACUCACUCAUCAAUCAGAUUGAUAACAUGAACAUCCAGGUGGACGACAUUCGGAUCCGCGCCGUGCUCUCGGCGUACCGGAAGCGCACCCCGGUGACGGAGGGCUACGUGGAGGUGAAGGACGGCAACAGCUGGAAGCAGGUCUGCGACAAGCACUGGACCGCCAAGAACUCGCGCGUCAUCUGCGGCAUGUUCGGCUUCCCCAACGAGAAGAAGUACAACACCAAGGUGUACAAGAUGUACGCCAGCCGGCGGAAACAGCGCUACUGGCCGUACUCCAUGGACUGCACGGGCAGCGAAGCCCACAUCUCCAGCUGCAAGCUGGGCAACCAGGCGGCCGUGGACCCCGUGAAGAACUUCUCCUGCGAGAACGGGAUGCCCGCCGUGGUGAGCUGCGUGCCCGGCCGCGACUUCGCUCCCGGCAGCCAUUCGGGCUUCGGGAAAGCCUUCAAGUCCGAGCAACCCCUGGUGCGGCUGAGAGGCGGCGCUAACACUGGAGAAGGCCGAGUGGAAGUGCUCAAGAAUGGAGAAUGGGGAACCAUCUGCGACGACCAAUGGAAUCUGGUGUCCGCCAGCGUGGUCUGCCGAGAGCUGGGCUUUGGGAGCGCCAAGGAGGCCAUCACAGGGGCCAGGCUCGGGCAAGGCAUUGGGUCCAUCCACCUCAACGAAAUACAGUGUACAGGGUUUGAGAAAUCCAUCACCGACUGUAAAUUCAACGUCGAGAACUUGGGCUGCAAUCACGAAGAAGAUGCCGGGGUGAGGUGCAACAUCCCGGCCAUGGGUUUCCAGAAUCAGCUGCGCCUGAGCGGGGGCCGCAACCCUUACGAGGGCCGUGUGGAGGUGCUGGUGGAACGGAACAGGACGCUGAAGUGGGGGACCGUGUGCGGGGAGAACUGGGGCAUCGUGGAGGCCAUGGUGGUCUGCCGGCAGCUGGGCCUGGGAUUUGCCAGCAACGCCUUCCAGGAGACCUGGUACUGGCAAGGGGACAUCAGCGCCAACACCGUGCUCAUGAGCGGGGUCAAGUGCUCCGGGACAGAGAUGGCGCUGUCACACUGCCACCACGAUGGAGAGAACGUGGCUUGUCCCCAAGGCGAGCAUCACGCUGCAGGCGUCGUCUGCUCAGAAACCGCCCCCGACCUGGUCCUCAAUGCUGAGAUCGUCCAGCAGACAACGUACCUGGAGGACCGGCCCAUGUUUAUGCUGCAGUGCGCCAUGGAGGAGAACUGCCUCGCCUCCUCCGCUGCCCAGACCUCGCCCACCACGGGCUACCGCCGCCUCCUGCGCUUCUCCUCCCAGAUCCACAACAACGGCCAGUCCGACUUCCGUCCCAAGAACGGGCGCCACGCGUGGAUCUGGCAUGACUGCCACAGGCACUACCACAGCAUGGAGGUUUUUACCCACUAUGACCUGCUGAACCUCAAUGGGACCAAGGUGGCUGAAGGUCACAAAGCCAGCUUUUGCCUGGAGGACACCGAGUGUGAAGGAGAAAUCCAGAAGAACUACGAGUGUGCCAACUUCGGCGAGCAGGGCAUCACUCUGGGCUGCUGGGACAUCUACCGCCACGACAUCGACUGCCAGUGGGUGGACAUCACGGACGUGGCCCCUGGGGACUACGUGUUCCAGAUCAUCAUUAACCCCAACUACGAAGUGGCUGAGUCAGAUUACACAAACAAUGUCAUGAAAUGCCGGACUCGCUAUGACGGGCACCGUAUCUGGAUGUACAACUGCCACAUAGGUGGCUCCUACAGUGAAGAAACGGAGAACAAAUUUAAUCACUUCAGAGGACUCACAAAUAACCUGCUCCCCACUCAGUGAAGAUUCAGCCUUGGACCUCCUGGACCCCCUGCUCUAGGGUCUCACUGCACUGGUCUCCCUGGGACCUUCCCUAACCACUGCACAGCACAGCUCGGAUGGAUCCUCUAUGCUCCUUCCCUGACUCCCUGACAAAAGCCUUGGGCUCCUGCCGUGGGGCCCACAACCUGACUUGGCCUGGUCUUGUAGGUUCUAGACUUAGAAGAAACCCUACAGAUCUAGCCAGCCCUCUCAUUUUACAAGUGAGGCCCAGAGAGGACAAGAUGCAUGCCCAAGAUCAUACAGCCCAUGUUCUAACCCAGUCCUUUCCACUAAAUCCUUUCCUCCUGCCCAAAAUAUAAAUGAUGUUUGAACCCUUUUAUUCUCCUCUCCCUCCCUCAGUACAUAGGAGUUAGGGGGACACAACAGGGCAUAGUAUUGGGGGGUCAGCAGGGAUCAAUGCAGGGGGAAAAUGGUGACCCUGACCAAGUGAGCUGAUCCUGACCAAGAGCCUUAGGUCUGCUGCUAUCCACUCAGGAUAGAAAUCCUGCUGACCAAAGCUGGGAGGGAUGCCUAUCUGAGGAACCCAGGGUCUCAUCUUUUUUGAGACUUUUGUGACUCCAGAUGCUCCCUGCCUCUCCUCCCUUGAGUGAUAGAGAUUAGCAAUCUUAUGGGACAGCCUCCAGGUCCCCAGGAUCAUGGUUUGAAGCUUUAGUUCAAAGCCAGGAUUAGUUCCCACCCCUAGUAGCCUUCCCUUCCCCAGCUAGCCAUCCUUUGGUGGAAAUCCAUCAAGAGAGUGUGCAGCCUAAUUUCCAUUAGCCCAUUCCAAAGCAUCAUCUUAAUCACCAAGUCUCCAUGCUGCUAUAUCCCCAGUCAUCCCAUGCUACAAAUUUAGCUAAGCAAUAUAGAUCUGUGUCUUCAGUUCCAAAACCGAACCUGUAUGGGGCUCCAUUUGCAAAUCACCAUCCAGGACUGGGGAAUUCCUUCCCCAUUGCAAUCCACACAGCCCAGAACUGUGUAUAUAUUUCAGAAAACCCCUGGUGGUGUAUUCACUGAAAAAGUUUGCCCUUCUUUCUCAAGUCAGAGGCUGUGUCAGGUUCCCCACGAAUCCUCCAAAGUCUAGUUGAUUUCACUUAGCAUUAACUAGUUCUCUAUUUCCUAGUUGAUUUCACUCAGGCUACUCCUCCAAAGUCUGGUUGAUUUCACCCAGUCUAGUGUGUUACAAAGUCUAUCUGAUUUCACUCGGCACUGACUAGUGCUCCAAAGUCUGGUUGAUUUUACCUAUGCUAGUGUUACAAAGUCUGGUUAAUUUCACCCACUCUAGUGUUACAAAGUCUAGCUGAUUUCACCCAGCACUAACUGGUGCUCCAAAGUCUGGUUAAUUUCACCCAGGCUAGUGUUACAAAAUCUGGUUAAUUUCACCCAGUCUAGUGUUACAAAAUCUGGUUGAUUUCACCCAGGCUAGUGUUACAAAGUCUGGUUGAUUUCACCCAGGCUAGUGUUACAAAGUCUAGCUGAUUUCACUCAGCACUAAUUAGUGCUCCAAAAUCUGGUUGAUUUCCCCCAAACUAGUUCUCUAAAAGCCUGGUUGGUUUCACCUAGCACUAACUAGUCCUCCAGACUAGUUAAUUUGGCCCAGGCUAGUUCCCUAGUUUAGUUGAUUUCGAUCCAGUAACCGCUCACUCUACUCAGCCUUCUGCCUCUCCCACCACUUGCUGGUGUUACCUGUACAUAUUUCUGAUCAGGAGACUGGGAGAGCAUGUGCUUUUUUUUUUUAAUUUUAUUUUAAGGAUACCAAUUUUACAUUGUAUUUGCAUGUUAUGUCCAAAACCAAAUGUAAUGAUAUUUAAUGUGGUCAUCUGGGCCCUCGGAAGCACAACCAUGCAGAAGAAACCAAAAGCAAACCCACCUGUGUAAGUGCCGUUGCCGCUACCACCAUCACAACCACCCCCACCAUCAUCCCCCUGGGCUGACCUGAAUGAUUGGUGCUAUAAACAAAUUCCUGGGUGGGAGGACACUCACCGGGUGCUGCGGGUCACCACAGAUGUUUACAUAUACUUGAAUCACAGGUGUUGGUUCCCGGAAUAAAAGGUUAUUAUUAUA